UUGGUGUCUGUCGAUCGGCGAAGAACAGCGGCGGCGGCGGCGGCGCCAUUGCCUUUUCAUCUUUCUUCGUUUCGAACAAAACAAGAAUUCCCCACAUAGACAUACACACAUUUUUAAUUCGAGACCACUACUGGGGCUGCCUGCCUGGUGGGCUUUCCCUUCCCCUUCUCCUUCGCAUCCAAAAUUUGUCCUCAAAACCGCAUCGAAGAAAUGCACUGAAAAUCAAUUCCCUUCGCCCAACAGCAACAGCUCCCACUUUUUUGUCCGUGUCAACAAAUCCAAAAACAAACCCCUAUAGGAAAAUGGAAAGCCGCCCUUCGCUGGCAUUCCUCCUCUCAACUUGAGUUUCGUUUUUGUUUCAGGGUUAAAAAAUCGAAGAGGGACAAAAUCAGCAUUUCGGGGGAGGACGGUUUAUCGACGAAUCGAAUCAAAUCAAAUCCAAUCCACUUUUGCGCCGUUUCGUUUUUUAUCGCUUAUAUUCAAUCGAUCGUUAAUCAUGGAAGAAGAGACUUCAUGGAUCAGUCACAGCUUCGAUCACGCCACGAACACCACUGUGGCUUUGGAUUCCUUUUCUGAGACAAACGAAGAGACAGACGAUGACGCGGCAGUUUCUAUGGAUUUAGUUCUGCCUGAUGAUUUAUUGGAACGAAUUCUUUCCUAUCUCCCAAUCGCCAGCAUUUUCCGAGCCGGAUCUGUAUGCAAAAGAUGGAACGAGAUCGUCUCUUCAAAAAGAUUUCUAUGGAACAGCUCGAAUGUAAUGUCGCAGAAGCCUUGGUACUUCAUGUUCACGAGCUCCGACGAGCCCGUCGGCUUCGCUUACGAUCCCGUCCUCCGAAAAUGGUACGGCAUCGAUCUCCCCUGCGUCGAGACCUCCGACUGGUUCGUCUCAUCGUCGUGCGGUUUAGUCUGCGUAAUGGACAACGACAGCCGUAGCAAACUUUUCGUCUGCAACCCGAUAACAAAGUGCUGGGCGGCGCUUCCGCAGCCGCCGGGUCUGCAAAUCUCCGACUACAGCGCGUUGGCGGUGUCGGUCGACAGGGAAACCCACGAAUACAACGUCGUGAUCGUGAAAUCGAAGCAGGUGCCCGGGAACUUCUUCCAAUGGGAUCUCACGAUCCACGUCUACGACUCGUCGACGAAGGCGUGGACGACUCCGUUGACGGAGAUUCUGACGGGGUGGAGGGGCGGCGACGAGAGCGUCAUCUGCGGCGAUUCUUUAUACUUCUUGAUUUACUCGGCCGGCGGAGGCGGGCCUGACAAUCGCCACGGUCUGAUUACAUACGAUCUCCGGAGCAAAAUUUCCGACGAAGUCUUGAUCAGGAGCUUUGUCCCGGUCCCGUGCGCGCUUACGUGCGGGCGACUGAUGAAUUUGAAGGAGAAACUUGUUUUAGUCGGGGGUAUCGGGAAAAGGGAUCGACCCGGGAUUAUUAAGGGGAUCGGGAUUUGGGUUCUGAAGGGGCGGGAGUGGGAGGAAAUUGCGAGAAUGCCGCAUAAGUAUUUCCAAGGUUUCGGCGAAUUCGACGACGUUUUCGCGAGCAGCGGGACGGCUGAUUUGGUGUACAUUCAGAGCUACGGCUCGCCGGCGCUUCUUGUGUUCGAUAUGAAGGUUAAGCAUUGGAAAUGGUCGCAGAAGUGUCCGGUGACGAAGAAGUUCCCUCUUCAGCUCUUCACUGGCUUCUGCUUCGAGCCGCGGCUGGAAAUCGCGCCGUAGAAGGUACGAUAUAUAUAUAUAUAAUCUAUAUCUAUAUAUCUAUAUAUAUGUAUGGGCUCUUUAUGGUAGCUUGAUGAUACAGACAGAGAUGAUACAGAGAGAGAGGAGAGAGAGAGGGAUACAUUCAUUGGGUUCUAAGUGGUUUUUGAAUUUGAUUCUGCUGAAGUUUUUCCUUUGAA